CGCUCUGCUGACGCCUGGUUUCCAGGGAGGGGUGGGGCUAGGAGGCCGUUCUUUGUGCUUGCGCCUCAUAACCACUGGAGGGCGACAGAGGUGCGGAGUUCUUCGUUCCGAGAGUGAUUCAAUUUUUCCAGUCUGGGGCGGGGGACACAAGGCUUUUCAGCCAAGCUCUAAAACACAGAGAAUGGAAUCCAGGCAACCCUGGAGAGUAGACAGUAUCUAAACCCAGGGUCAAAGUCCGACAAAUAGCGGAUACGUGCGGCAAGAACCUGGUCGAGGCUGCACGAAGGGUGUGUCAGGCCCUGCGGUUUUAGAUGUGUCCAGAUUAGUGUCCUAUCAUCUGUGGCACAGUCACCAACUUCAGCCUGCCCAGUCUCUGACUCACCCCACUAGUAGCCAAAUAACUGGAAUUCUACACCCCCUUAUGAUCUUUCCCCUCCUCUGGUGGUUGCUGGGAAAUCCCUACCAUAAGAGAAGCGGAAGGCUCGAAGAGGGUCACCAGACAAGCCCGGACUUGGAACUUGUUUCUUGGGUGGUGCACUCAGCCAGCAUUCCUGAUACCAGGCUGGGUGGGUGACAGCCACCACUUCCAGGGUCCUGUUUCUUUUGGGAUAGCCAUGGCUCCAAAACGAAAGUCUUCAGUGCAGGCUGAGGGCUCCAAGAAGAGGCCACAGGGGACAGAGGAGGAGGAUAGUUUCCGCUCCACUGCCGAGGCUCUCAGAGCAGCUCCUGCAGACCAGCGCAUCAUCCGUGUGGACCCCAUAUGCCCACUCAGCCACAAUUCCAAAAUUCAGGUCCACGAGGACUACGACUGUACCCUGAACCAGACCAACACUGGCAACAACAAUAACAAGUUCUACAUCAUCCAGCUGCUGGAGGAGGACGGUCGCUUCUUCUGCUGGAACCGCUGGGGCCGGGUGGGAGAGGUGGGCCAGACCAAGAUGAACCCCUUCGUCUGCCUGGAAGAUGCAAAGAAAGAAUUUGAGAAGAAAUUUCGGGAGAAGACUAAGAACAAGUGGGAGGAGCGGGAACACUUUGUGGCCCAUCCCAACAAGUACACACUUAUCGAAGUGCAGGGAGAGGCAGAGACUCAAGAGGCUGUAAUGAAGGUGGACGGAGGCUCAGUGAGGACUGUGGUUAAGCCCUGCUCCCUGGACCCUGCCACUCAGAAGCUCAUCACCAACAUCUUCAGCAAAGAGAUGUUCAAGAACGCGAUGACCCUCAUGAACCUGGAUGUGAAGAAGAUGCCCUUGGGAAAGCUGAGCAAGCAGCAGAUUGCACGGGGCUUUGAGGUCUUGGAAACUCUAGAGGAGGCCAUUAAAAACCCCACUGGUGGUGGUCAGAGCCUGGAGGAACUGUCCUCCCGUUUCUACACCGUCAUCCCGCACAACUUUGGCCGCAGCCGGCCUCCGCCCAUCAGCUCUCCUGAGAUCCUUCAGGCCAAGAAGGACAUGCUGCUGGUGCUGGCAGACAUCGAGCUGGCCCAGACCUUGCAGGCAGCCACUGGGGAGGAGGAGAAACUGGAAGAAGUGCCACACUCACUGGACAGGGACUACCAGCUCCUCAGGUGCCAGCUUCAACUGCUGGACAAUGGGGGGCCCGAGUACAAGGCAAUACAGACCUACCUGGAACAGACUGGCAACAGCUCCAGAUGCCCAACUCUGCAACAUGUUUGGAAAGUGAGCAGAGAAGGGGAGGGAGACAGGUUCAAGGCCCAUUCUAAACUGAACAACCGGAGGCUGCUGUGGCAUGGCACCAAUGUGGCUGUGGUGGCUGCUAUCCUCACCAGUGGUCUCCGAAUCAUGCCACACUCUGGUGGCCGUGUUGGCAAGGGUAUCUACUUUGCCUCGGAGAACAGCAAGUCAGCUGGCUAUGUUACUCCCAUGUAUUGUGGGGACCACCAUGUGGGCUACAUGUUCCUGGGAGAGGUGGCCCUAGGCAAAGAGCACCACAUCACCAUCGAUGACCCCAGCCUGAGGAGCCCACCCCCUGGCUUUGACAGUGUCAUCGCCCGAGGCAAAACAGAGUCUGAUCCCACCCAGGACAUUGAACUAGAGCUGGAUGGGCAGCAGGUGGUAGUCCCGCAAGGUCGACCUGUGCCGUGCCCAUUGUUCCAAAGCUCCAGCUUCAGCAAGAGUGAGUACCUCAUAUACCAGGAGAGCCAGUGUCGUCUGCGCUAUCUGCUGGAGAUUCACCUCUGAGUGGCUUGCCCUCCCGAGGUCCUGCUAGACUGGGCCAUGAUCUUGAUCUUCACUCUCCUCAGUCUGGCUCCCAUAUUUCCUUUCGCCUCCCAAGAAUAUAAUACAUGCCAGGCACAUUGGCACACACCUAUAGUCUCAUCUACUCAGGAGGCAGAGGCAAGAAAAACACUAACCUGAGAGCUGGGGCCAGCCUGGGCUACAUAGUAGGACAUGUCCAAAAUGAAAAUUACAAUCAUGAGGCUAAAUAGUGAGUUCCAGGCUAGCCUAAGCUACAGAGUCUGACCCUGCCUCAAAAUAUGUAAGUCAAUGUUCUGUCAAUCAUGUAUAAUCAUGCACUUAGUAUAGUCAUAUACCCUAAGAUUAUAUAGCCUAAUGACACUGUUGUCAUCCCAUCUACACACAAUGACAGAAUCACCUAGUGGCAUGUUCAUGAGAUGUGUCACCAUCAUGAAGUAAAAAUGGCUGUUCAUUGUCAUUAUCUGUAGCCAUUGUGUUGUGCAAUAGACUCUUGAACCCAUUUCUCCUA